CGAGAGCUUGCUCGAGACCGAAGUGAGGUUACUGCAAGUACUUUCUUCAGCAACACCACCAACAAGCUCGAGAGCUUUAGCUCGAGAGCUUGUUGUUGGUGUUGCUGAAGAAAGUACUUGUAGCGCUGGGACCGAUGCGACGCCACAGUUAUUUACGUAACCGAUUGAGUAGCAUCGAAAUUUACAUGUAACCACGCAGCGCGAGGAGGGAGGUUACUGCUUUAUGGAGGCUUGAUGAUACGGAGGAUGCUCACUGAUACGGCGUCCGCUGCUAAUACGAUAGUACGGAGGAGCCGCUGAUACGAUGCGGAGGAGCAAGCAAACCGCUGAUACGAUACGGAGGACGCUGAUACGAUACGGAGGCCCCAGUCCGUCGCUGAUACGAUACGGAGGAGCCGCUAAUACGGAGGACGCUCGAUGAUACGGAGGACGCUGAUACGGAGGAUACUGAUACGAGUUGCUGAUCCGGAGGAGCCGUGCUGGUGUUUUGCUUGUUUUUUGCUUGUUUCCCCCUGCAAAUCAAUAUUUCUACGGUGUUUUCUACACGAGCUUGUACUGGAAUAGCAAUCAAGAUCAGUUUUUGAGAACUGCUCACAUUUUUUUAGUACUCGUACUCCUCGUACAACAUACUGUGUACAGUUACUGAUACUACGUAUUUACAGUAGUGAAGACAGUUUUUUAGUGUGUACUGAGGUGCGUGCGCCUGGUUACAACCGCGCACAAAGCGCACUGUGCGCUUUUUUUGCUUUKUUUUGUAACCAGACCCACUUUUUUUUGUAACCACACUACUAGCAUUAUCGUGUAAAAAAUAUGGGCUUCUCUAUAGGGAAAGGUUUGGUUACAAUUCUGGUUACAAAAACUCCAUUUGCGCGCUUGUAACCAGCUUGAGGUGCGUGUACUUAGGCAAAAAAUAACUAGUCUUUGUUAGUGUUAGUUUUUUGUAACGCGCAGUAACCAAGCGCGCGUGGUUACAUGUAAUUUCGAUGCUACUCAACGUUUACUUCGGGACUUCGUCCGCUCCCCUAUGACAGUCAUUGUGACCCAAUUUUUAUGGUCUUAAAAGAGUGUCAUCGUCUAUAUUCACACUUAUCAAUACUUUCAUUUAACCCCCAAUAAAAUAUGACUGUGUACAACACGUAGAAUCAGUACUCAAUAGAGCUACUACAGUACUAAGUACUUCCACCUGGAGCGAUUUGGUCAGGCCUGCAAAGGCGGCUUGAGGACCUAUUGCUAUUCCUAUUGCUGUUCUUAUUGCUACUAUUCCUAUUGCUAUCAUUCCUCCUAUUGCUUGCACGAGAUUACGUGUACUCUUAGUAUGUUUAAGUGUGUAUGAAAAUUGAAAAUUAUAAGAUUAAGAUUCUCGAUUUUCAUACACAGUAGUUAAUUAAUUAUAAUGACUUCGCCGAUAAUUAAAUUUGAUUUUAGGGGUUCCCCCAGAAUGACCCAUAUUCGAAUAAUAGCCGUUAUUUUAACAUAAAACCGUUAAAAACGCGCGGUAUCGUGCGAAUAAUGAAAAAACAGUCCCUUCGGUACGAGUAGCUCUCCGGUACUGUAGUUUAGAGUAACCGGUAAGCGAAUCAGAUUGGUCACAAAACUUUAAAAAAAACCGCCAAAACUCAAACUGAAAUUUCAGGUUUUUUUCGAGCGAUCGAAAACCCGAUCAGUUUUCAAAACAACGAACUUGAUGGUUGGUUGUGUUGGCGCAUCAUUUCUUGAAGCAGUUGGUCAGUCUACAUUGGUGGUUCCUGUCUACGUUGGUGUUUUAAACUUUAGGAUGUUGCACAUGGGGUUUCAAUGGUGGUCCAAAUCAUGUAGGUAGGAGGUACUUCUGUUGAAGUGCGUACGACUGCAUUGUGCAGGUUUGGACUGUAUCCAUUGAUUCCUUUUCCUCUGUGAACCCCCCCCUUUAUCCUGCCAGUAAGAACAGUAAACAGUAAAUCAUCAGUACAGUACCAGUACUGGUUAUACAAGGAUCCACUGUAUGAAUUUUCUGGCGCGGGCCAUUUGACUUUUUUUAUUUUGUGGCACGGUGCAUGUGACUUUUUUUAUUAUGUGGCUAUGUAUGUAGGUAUAUAUGAGGUAUGUAUGUAGGUAUGUAUGUAUGUAUGUAGGUAGGUAUAUAGGUAGGUAGGUAGGUACCGGCCGGUUGGAAAAGAUCACACCAUAACCUGCAAAGUGUACGUAUGCUCCUUAGUGUCACAUAAAGGGAUGUUUACAUUAAAGAGUGAGCGUGGUGAUUAUUCACUCACUAUCUACUCGUGAUCUACGUGAUUUACGUGUUACUGGCUCACAUGGAUUAGUCGAAAUUUAGAUCACGUGUAACCCCCAUACAUACCUAUAUGUGUAUAAUCCUUAUGUAAAGAGGAAGUCAGCCAUGCAUGAUGUCAUCAUGACCAUUCAACAUGUUGCAGUGUCUGUUUUUUUGGUCAAAGUUUUUGUCUAGGCAUAUAUUUUAGAAGCAGAAAAUCUGUUCUUGAGUCUAGUAGUAUAUGGUCCAGACAGGUGGGAAGCAGAGAUUGACAAGGUAGCAAUGGUAGGGAAAAUAUGUGUAACUGAUCUUAUUGAUUACAUUUUCAUUGAGGCUAGAUGCCAUCAGCUCUAAUCCAUCUCAGCUGAUCACUGGAUGGCAUCUUAUUCUCUCAUGAUGUAAAGAGGGCCUUGCAAAGGGACACAGGCUUAUUCAUAGUGAAUUUAGCAGCGGGUUUGCCGGUGGUAACGGUAUUCACUACUGUGGUGUAAGGAUAAAUGAUAAGAAAACAGCUAUGUCGCUGCUUCUUUGGAAAUAUUCCAAUUACUGGGAUAAAAGUAACCCGGAUCAGCUAUUUUGCUAUUUCAAGGACCGACAUAGCCAUGGCAAUGAAUUCCCUAUUCCUAGGAUAAGACCAUAUGAUCCGUAAUGAAAACACCUGAACGAUGAUGAUCAGAAUACUGAUGAAAUCACGUAAUAAGGCCAAAGACCGGUAUGAAAUGAAAAUAGCCUUAAUCGACGUUGAAACAAGGCCCAAGGGGACCAUUYCAUYGAUUACACUGGUCAUGAAAUUCCAUCGAUUUACGUAAAACGAGUUGAUUUUGCUCUUACGGCAACAACGAAAAUUCAGUAUAUUCAAGAUAACCCAAGAUAUACUCUCAGGACGUCUAUUCGGAGCAUCCUGGAGCUGUUUUCAUCGAUAUUAUCCAUAUAUUCAUGAUUAUAACUCAGCGAUUCAGCACUCMGACAGUGAUUCAGUGAUUCAGCGAUUCAGCGAUUCGGUAGCGAUUUAGCGAUUUGGCGAUUUUUAGGUGUUUCAAGUUAUGAGGUGAAUUGGCUUAUUUGGAGUGGACUGAAUCAGCUCACAAUUUCAAUAAGCUCACAAAUCAAACACAAACUUCAACACAGAUACUACCAUGCCAACAACACGAUCUGACGGACCCCUUGUCCAAGGAUUAAGUAUGUCUGAAUUCUAUGAUGAGUUUUGGUGUCCGUGAGCAUACUCGAAAUCGUUCCGGAACCAAGAAAAAUACAACUGAUGAUGCUGCUGAAGAUACUACGGGUGAUGCUGAUGAUACGAAUGCUGGGAACAAUACUGAGGGUAGAGGUUCCAAUGUUACAAACGAAAUGCUUAUGCAGUUCAUGAUGCGAGUUGACGAUAGGCUCUCUCAAUUGGAAGGAGGGAAUAGUCGGAAUGAUAAUGCUUCAAAUCAUAAUGCUGAUGAUGUAAUUCCAGUCCCUGACCGAGAGAGUCCUAAUCCUAAUCCUGCUCCUGAUAGUAAUGACCCUCAAGAUGAUGAUGAUGGAGAAGACCUUUCUCAUCCCGAAGAUCCCACAGAUUAUCACAAUGGGGUUGUGGGUUACAAAAAUGGUUGACGCCUCACCAAUGCUGAAGCUAACUUUCGACAGGUCCUUCUUAGUUUGGAUAUCUCCUGGAAGACUGUGAAUGCACUCUUUGCUCAAGGAUGGGCCUCAAUGAGUGCUAUACRGGGUCGMAAUCAUGAUGACCUCCGCAGUUUCUAUUCUACGUUCAAUAAGAAUCAUUCGUGGGAGUGUGCCCUGACUGAAGUCAAUUUCCACCACAUCAAACUACUGAUUAAUUGGAUUAACUUUCGAGUUAAACUUGGAAAACGCAUUGGGCCUACGGCGUGGCUCAAYAGUACAGACCCUUUGAACAGAACCCUUGAACGCACACUCUAUGAACAGCAACAGAAGGAGGUUAAUAAGACUGGACAACAGCCCAAACCUCCACCACUCAUGAAACUUGCUUCUAUUCAAGAGGAUUUCCCUAAAUUCGAUCGGGCGCUGCGUGCUUAUUUUGGUGCUGUCCGAGGUCAGACAGGAGCUCCCCUACUUUAUGUGCUAAGGACAGAUUCCCAUGUUCCUGCAGCUCACAUCGAUGGCUCUGUUGGACAGGAAGGUACAUUCAAAUCUUGGGAUGAUUAUCUCAUUGCCUGUACUGCUCACAAGGGAAAUGACUUUAUUGUUGACAACAACACAGUGUAUCACACGAUCCAAGGUCUCCUCCAAGUUAAGAAAGGUGAUGCCGCUGAUACGGAAAUCAAGCGCUUUCAUAAUGAUACCAAGUCUGAUGGUCGUGGUGCAUAUCUUCACCUAAAAACAAUGGGGAAUGUUAAAACGCACUGCCAGCAGAUGUUAAAGAAGAUGAGGACCUUCAUGGAAACCAGUCCCAAUUACACGGGUGACUCACGACAGUAUACAUUUGAAACUCAUAAGAGGAAAUGGUAUGAGGCACGUGAUACUAUCCAGUAUUAUGGUGGUACUAUUGAUGAAGAUGCAUUCUGCUAUGAUUUCUGUGCUACCAUUCAAGAUCCCCGGCUUAUUGAAACUGCCAGACGGAUCAGGGCUCCUGAUCAUCCAGAUCACAACAAUUUUAUCAAGAUCACUGAGCACUUGACCUCAGCUAUGUGUGGUCAAAGCAUGAAGCGCCGUAACAUCAGCUCCACUACCACUGAUCAUGAUGAUAAUGGGAAUGGUAACAGCAAUGGGAAACGCCGCAAGGCUGACAACGCUCAUAGUAGACGAGGCAACUCCGGUGAUGGUUCUGGUAGUAAAUCCAAYGCAGAUUCAAGUAGCAAGAAGCCGUUUACUGGCGUAAUCAAGGCUAAACGCUACCCUUAUCAUGUAUAUAGGACCUUCACCCCAGAACAAAAGCAGAAGCACCGAGAGCUCGUGAAGCAAAAGAAACAGGAGAGAACUGUUUCUGCCACCACGUCUACUGAAGAACCUAUCAAGGAGGAACCCAAGGGCACUGGUAUUGGAAAUCAAUUUGGUUCAGCAGCACAUUCGUGAAAUAUUGGCCGGUCACUUAGACUCUCAAACGGCCGGCAAUAUCAAUACCGAUUCCAUGUUUCAGCUGUUUCCACUGCACCGGGUGAAUCUUUAUGUGAGCUUGAUUCCCAUGCGGAUACUACAGUUUGUGGUUCUAAUAUGGUCAUGCUCACACCUCCCGAAGAAGUUCAAAUGCAUGUCAAUGUGGCGCCGUUCUCUUCUGAGUGCAACUCAAUUAAGAAUGUACCAGUUGCCACAUGUGCCACUGCCUGGGACGAUGCUGAUGGCAAGACAUAUAUCCUUGUGUUCCAUCAAGCAUUGUAUUUCGGCAACAAGCUCCCACACAGUUUGCUGUGUCCCAAUCAAAUCCGACGUUGCAAUUUUAACCAGGUGGACGAUACUCCCCGACAGUUCAAUAGUGAAUCAUCACAUGGUGUCACUUUCACCUCCACUGAUGAUGAAAUACAGUUGUUUGUUCCUUUCAAGAUGGUUGGUGUUAUAUCGUGUUUUCCCUCACGGCGCCCCACACCUAAUGAGCUUGAAGAAUGUGAUUAUAUCACUGCAACAGCUGAUUCUCCMGUUUGGAAUCCAACGUCUGAUGUAUUUGAAUCCAAUGAGGAGGCUGUGAAUGAAGCCAGACCUAGAUCUGCUCUCCCACUCCGGCGCAUCGAUGCUAUUGAUACUGCUCCCVGGGACACUCCUUCCGGGGACACUUCUUUGGUUAUUUCACACGAUGGUGACCUUGAUGGUAAUUAUGAUACCACAUAUCUCUCUUAUCUUCAAAGCAGGUGUAAUUUGGAUCUUCCGGAAUGCUCUAUCGCUGCCGACUGGCGACUCUGUUCAAGAAUCAGUGCAGUUAUCACUAUGAACAGUGGGGACAACAGUAAUUUAUCAGCUGGGGACACUAGCGACCCACGUGAUAAUACUCCUGUUCAUACUGUUAAUGCUCUUCACCGAUCUUUACAUUCACCCGCCUUUACAGACGACAUUGGCAAUGUUGAAUUGGAUCCUGAUGCAAACCCAGUGGUGACUAUUUCAGCAGUUCAUAAGAAUGAUCCAGAUAAGAACAUUYGCACUCAACCACCGGUGCUGAUACAAGAUGAAUUGGAUGAUGAUCAGGAGGAUGAUGAUAUAUCUCCAGAAGCAAGGCGUUUGAAACGAAGACGCGAGAUGGGGCCGGCCCUGUAUGAUAACACAAUCAGCAGGUCUCAGAUCGAUGCUGCAAAUCUGUCUGCAAAAUGGGGUAUUAGUUUGAAGAAAGCUCAAGCUACACUUGAAGUGACCACUCAGAAAGGCAGGCGCCGCAUYGAUCAGCCUAUUACCAAGAAGCUGAAGCCUCAAAGGUAUAGGAACAAGAGGAUGUUACCCGGAUUAUGGUACACUGAUACUAUGCAUUUCCAAUCACCAAGUAUUGUCCGGCAGGAUAAAUCAGCACAAGUAUUUGCGACUACAUUUGGAUACAUUGAAUUCAUUCCAAUUGAAUCCAAGGGUUAUGCUCAUAAAGGAUUGAGUCAAUUUGUGCAUGAUCUUGGUAUCCCAGAAAAGCUUGUCUCUGAUAACGCAUUGGAGCAGGGUUCGGCAACCACCACAAAUAACUCGCGAUGGAAGAAAUUGAUCAGUGAAUACAACAUCAAUCAUACAUUUAUCCAGCCUCAUUCACCAAGACAGAACAGAGCUGAGACUUACAUUGGUAUCUUAAGGCGGCAAAUAAGGAAGUUGACUGCUGCCAAGGGUUCACCAAAGCGGUUAUGGGCCUAUUGCGGGCUUCAUGUUGCUAACAUUCAUAACCUCACUUCAUCAAGUGAUAAUGCUUGUAUGAACAAGACGCCAUUUGAAAUUGUUCAUGGCUACACCCCUGAUAUCACUCUGUCAACACUCCAUGAAUGGUACAAUUUGAUCUGGUGGUACGACCCCGAGGACAAGUGUGAGAAACUGGGAAGGUUCUUGGGCUAUGCUGGUAAGAAUGUUGGUGCUGGUGAUUGUUUUAAUAUCUUGAACUACACUGGCAAGGUGCACGUUUCUAAUGGAACAAGAGCGAUAAGUGAAUCACAAUGGAGACAACCAGACAUUGUCAGACGUGCUGAAGAGUUUAAUCAGCUGGUGAUUGACAAGAUUGGGGACACUGUCAAACAUGUCCACUUUGAAGAUGACAGCUUCCCUGAUGCACCGGAUGAACUAUUUGACGACGGACUUGAUGCCAGGUUUAACAGUGAGGUCACAGCUGCUGAACCCAAUGCUUCAAUUCCGGAUGUUGAUGACCUAGUACCAGAUGGCUCUACGUAUGAUGAGUAUGUAGGCAACAUGGUCAUGAUUAAAUUUGGAGACCAGCGUUUGAGGUGUGUUGUGAAGGACAGAGUGAAGGAUCUCAAUGGAAAGCCCAUAGGCCAGAGAAACCCUAAUCCACUUCUUGACACACGAGAGUAUAAUAUUCAAUUGCCCGAUGGGAGUAUUGAAAAACAUACUGCAAAUCUCGUGGCUGAGAACAUUUAUACUUCAAUAGAUGACAAUGGCUUCACCUACACACUCAUGGAUGAAAUCAUAGACCAUGAGAAGGAUGUUGAUGUGGCUCUUUCUAAUGAAGAUGCCAGGUUUCAGACAGCAAGUAACCAGUGGAGGGACAAACCUACAACUAAGGGCUGGCGCGUCCUUGUAAGCUGGAAGGAUGGGACCUYGUCCUGGGUAAAAAUGUCUGAUAUGAAAGAGAGCUUUCCUAUCCAGCUGGCUGAAUAUGCAAUUGCAAAUAACAUUGCGGAUGAAGCUGCUUUCAGAUGGUGGGUUCACAAGGUGAUCCGGAGAGCUAAAAGGAUCAUCAAGGCAGUCAAGAGCAACAAAUAUUGGCUCCGCACCCACAAGUAUGGAGUGGAACUCCCACAUUCUAUCAAGGAAGCACUUGCAAUCGACCGAAAGACUGGGAYUGACUAUUGGGCUAAAGCUGUUGGCAAAGAAAUGACCAAUAAUAUGGUUGCCUUCCAGUUUAACGAAAAAGACCAAGUUCCGGUCGGUCAUGAAAAAAUUACUGCCCAUAUGGUGUUUGACAUAAAACUGGGGACCCUAACAAGAAAGGCCAGACUAUGUGGUGAUGGUCAUAAGGUCCCAGCUUUGUCACAAGAAUACACCUACUCCAGUGUGCCCAGUYGUGAUUCUGUUCGGAUCUUCUUCCUGCUUGCAGCUCUGAAUGAUUUGGACGUGCUAUCAGCUGACAUUCARAAUGCUUAUCUGACAGCCCCAAUAAAGGAGAAGUAUUACAUGAUUGCCACUGCUGAGUGUGGUUUCUCUGAGGAGUACRUUGGCAGGCCAUGUAAAAUUGUCAGAGCGCUAUAUGGUUUACCAGUGGCAGGUGCAUCAUUCAGAGCAUAUCUUACAAGUCACCUACGAGAGCUUGGCUAUAUUUCAUGUAAAGCUGAUCCUGAUGUGCAUAUGAGAAAAGAGGUUAAACCCGACGGCACCCCGUACUGGGCCUAUUUGAUUGCAUAUGUGGAUGACAUAUUGUGUUGUGGUGAGAAACCACGCCUAAUGUUGGAAUCUAUUGAAAAGAGGUUCACCCUGAAGGAUGGAACUAUUGAGGAGCCUACUUUAUAUCUUGGUGCUGAUAUCAGUCGACACCAGAUUCCAGGUGUUAACAUUAAGAGAUGGGCUAUGUCAGCUGAGAAAUACACUGAGAAGGCAAUUCAAGCUGUAGAACAGGAGCUGGGGACAGAGAAAUAUGAUUUCAAGUACCUACCGAAGAAGAAAAUCAGUACUCCCCUCUCCCCGGAUUACAGACCUGAGAUCGAUCCUACAGAUGAAUUAGACAAGCGGACUCAGAACUAUUAUCAAGGGUUGAUUGGUGUGUUGAGAUGGUUAUGUGAGCUCGGUCGACUGGAUAUUAUACAUCCUGUGUCACUGCUCUCAAGGUAUCUCGCCCAGGCUCGGAUUGGCCAUUUGAAUCAGGCCUUCCGAAUAUUUGCAUACUUGAAACAACACAAGAAAUCCAAGCUCGUGUUUGAUGACACUAAACCCAUGAUAAGUGA